GAACUCCACAAGCGCGUCAGCGCACAGCAUGGCUGUGAAUGUUACACCAGGUUUGGAGAUCCCAGAGCCAUCAGACUACAGCAGCUGUGAAGAUGAGGAUGAUGCUGUGACUUAUUUCACAGAUCUGCAUCAGCCUGAUAAAAAUCGGCCUGAGCCUGCAAGAAUGAUCGAUAAGCUGUUAAAUAACCUUGUUGACAGUGCAUGGGAAGUUAUAUCAGAGCAGGAGAGGAUCGACAAGGAUGCACAAGCAGCAAGACAAAUUCCUGUGCUGAAUGCUACUAAAGAAAUGAAGCUUCCAGCCAGAACUAAUUGUAUUGUGUGCUCUGAGGAUGGACUUUACCUGUUUCUGGGUCAUGCUCAUGGUCUGUCAGUCAUCAGUUCAUCCACUCUCACAUGUGUAAGAACGUGGAAGAAUGAAAGAGUGGAGCUUACCAGCAUCUCUUGUGCUUCUCUGGGAAACCUCACACACCUCUUAUGCACAGUGGAUGACAUGGGUAUUGCGCGGCUUUUUGUGCAUCACACGGAGAAUAUUUAUUUAAUAAAAAUCAUCAAUGAAACUGAAGAUAUAAACCAAAGAAACAUCUGUGCAAAAUUUGAAAUGUCUAUAAGAGGGGACUUUGGAGCUGCAGUCAUGAUGUCCAGUGGUUCUGUUUGGUUGGAUGUCUAUCGCUUCCCACAGGAUGUGUGGCUCAAAGAGCUGGAAGCAAAACAGGCUACGCAAUCUUCUUUGGCCACAGAAGCCAAAUGGUCUCCAAUAGUCUUACUCAUGAAAAUCAAACCACCAGAAAUCCCUGCAGGAACCUCUCUAAAAAGUCCAUCUGAGGUCCUGCAGAAGACAGAGGAAGGCACUAUAAUAGGCUCAGGCCAAAAUCACCUCAUUAGUAGUCAACAGUGGGAAAACCAGGAUGCGGCAUUUAGGAAAAUGUUCAUGAAGUAUCUCAGCUCCAGCUCUAUGAGACCACCACAGCAGAAAGCAGAAGGUCCCAGCAACUGCGCUUGUCACUUCUUACUGCGUGAGGGGUUUUAUUCAAUGCCUGGGGAAAAGAAGGCAGCUAGAGAUAUUCCCAUUUCCAUGUGCCUGUGGUGGAGUGGCAGUCAUAAUCUCUUACAGUAUCAUCUGUUGAAGAAAGAGAAAGACAGUGAACCCAGACCGGAUGUUUUGUGGCCCAAUUCUCAGGAAAUCCUUUGCUCUGCCGUCAGUGCCUGCACACGGUUCAUUGUUCUAGGGCUUGAUGGUCAGCUGGUUACUAUAUGGGACAGACGAUUUGGGUGUCCAUAUGCCAAUAUUGUGAUCCCAGGAGACAGCCCCAUUUGCAGGAUGAAGCUCCUUUUGCAGAGUCAACUACCGGUCACUCAGGGUCCAGUUUUAACCACACUCCAGUUAGUGCUCACCUGCAGAAGUGGAGAGUGCUACAGUGUGAUAGCGAGCAAAGGAGGAGACACAUGCACUGUUCCACUUAUGGAGAGACCCGCAGACCCAAGCAGUUCUGUCUCUGUUGCUGUACCUGUGCUCUUCCUGAAGUGUCUGGUUUUGUUGAUGCAGAGAAAUGGGCAAGUAUCUAUAAGGGAAAUGGAGGAUGGCACACCAAUGUUCGUCUUAAACCUGCCUCACACUCAUGUGCUGGGCUCACUCAGAGAACCUGUGUAUGUGCUCGAGCCAGUCCAACAAAAUCUGUAUAUUACAGGUAACAGAAAAACACCUUUAGUGAAGGUGACCGAAAGGGGAGAGGAUGAGAGCUCUCUCUUCAGCUUCAGCUUUUCAGAAUGUUCAUUGAUGGAUCUGCACCGUGUCACAAGGCCAGACGUAACUGGAAAAGAGACCAGAGCCACACUUUCAGGUUUGGAGGAGGCCUGCAACCUUUACUUUCAGGAAAGAGCUGACUCUUGGAAAGAGAGGAACAGAAAUAUGGCUUUCCAGUGGGAGCAGUUUCUGAAGCGUGCUAUUAAAUGAAACGUCACACAAUAAGAAGAGAACCAGACACCACAUGCUGAAAGACAAAGAGUGCAUUUUCUUAUGUAUUUAUGUGGAUCAAAUACAUCCAUGCAUUCAUUCAUUCAUCUUUGGUGAUGUUGAUGCCAUCAAAAUAAAUUUUAAACUUCGAAUUCAGUUAAUCUGACAAACUUCUGUAAUGAAAGUUCAUUUCAGGUUGGGGUUGUGAGGAGGGUAGGCUACAUGUCAGUUCUCACAAGAAGCUCUGCUACAUCAGGCAAAUGUGUUUAUAUCUGCACAUGCCUUAAUAUAUAUGUGUUUAUAUAUGCUUGAGUAAUCUGUGCAUUUGAUUACGUUUAUUCUGACUUGAUUCCA